AUGGGGGAGCUACCCAAAGCCUGGGGAAGGGGAGUCAGUGCAGGAGGUGACUGGAGCCGCGGCGGCAGCGGCAGCAGCUGCGGUGGCGGCGCUCUCAGCCGCGGCAGCCGAGGCUGCAGCCCGGCCCAGGGCGGCGCAGCGGACAAUAACCGGGCUGGGAACCUAACCGGGCCGGACCCCACUGUGAUGCUUCCUGAGUGAUCAUGUUGUAACAGUGCCUGGAAGCCUGAGGCUGCAUUUCCAGCUGGGCAUACCUCAGUCGUCCACAUCAUCAUGGAGACCCGAAAGGAUGAAGCUGCUCAGGCCAAGGGAGCUGCAGCCUCUGGGAGUACUCAUGAACAAAUGGCAGAAAAAGGAGCCAAGAACAAGGCAGCCGAAGCGACAGAAGGACCAACUUCAGAGCCAUCUUCAUCCGGCCCAGGUAGGCUGAAGAAAACUGCCAUGAAACUCUUUGGUGGCAAGAAGGGUAUCUGUACUCUGCCUAGUUUCUUUGGAGGGGGACGGAGCAAAGGUUCUGGGAAAGGCAGCUCCAAGAAAGGUCUCAGCAAGAGCAAGACCCACGAUGGCCUGAGUGAAGCAACCCAUGGCUCUGAAGAUGUUGUUAGUGAAGGAACUGGCUUCUCCCUGCCUUUGCCUGAGUUACCCUGCCAAUUUCCCAGCUCUCAGAGUGCCCAUGGGGCUUUGGAGACAGGCUCCAGAUGUAAGACGUCUGUGGCUGGAACCACAGAGAAAGCUGGGGCUGAGAAGGUUCCCUCUAUGUCCAAGCCAAAGAAAGGUCUAAAAGGCUUUUUUAGCAGUAUUCGCCGUCAUCGGAAGAGCAAGGUCACUGGGGCUGAGCAAAGUGAGCCAGGGGCUAAGGGGCCUAAGAAGGCCAGAGCCAGGCCUCAUGAGCACGUGAGCUCAGUCCCUUGGGUGUCCUGCUCUGAGGAGACCUUCCAAGUCCCUAGAAAGGAAAAUGCUACCCCUCAAGAUGUCCCUGGGCCAAAAAUUUCUCCAACACCAGAGCCUUCUCCACCAGCUACUGAGACAGUGGCCUGUAAAGAUCCAGAAAAACCCAUGGAGGCCUGUGCCUCAGCACAUGUGCAACCCAUGCCUGCGCCUGAAGCCAGUAGCAUAGAGGAGCCCCAUAGCCCAGAAACAGGGGAGAAGGUGGUAGCAGGAGAGGUAAACCCACCCAAUGGCCCUGUGGGUGACCAGCUGAGCCUCUUGUUUGGGGAUGUGACAUCCCUGAAAAGCUUUGACUCAUUGACAGGUUGUGGUGACAUUAUAGCAGAACAGGACAUGGACAGUAUGACAGACAGCAUGGCCUCUGGGGGCCAGAGAGCAAACCGAGAUGGGACCAAGCGAAGUUCCUGCCUGGUGACCUACCAAGGAGGUGGAGAGGAGAUGGCCUUGCCAGAUGAUGAUGAUGAGGAGGAAGAAGAGGAAGAAGAGGUGGAAUUAGAGGAGGAAGAAGAGGAGGUUAAGGAGGAGGAAGAAGACGAUGACUUAGAAUACCUGUGGGCAACUGCCCAGAUGUAUCCAAGGCCCAAUAUGAACCUGGGUUACCAUCCCACCACAUCCCCAGGCCACCACGGUUGCAUGCUCCUUGACCCAGUUAGGCCUUAUCCUGGCCUAUCUCCUGGGGAACUUCUGACUCCUCAGAGUGACCAGCAAGAGUCUGCCCCCAAUAGUGAUGAAGGUUAUUAUGACUCCACUACACCUGGAUUUGAGGAUGAUUCAGGUGAGACCCUGGGGCUUGUCCGCAGGGAUUGUUUGCCCCGAGACAGCUACAGUGGAGAUGCCCUAUAUGAGUUUUAUGAGCCAGAUGACAGUCUUGAGAACUCUCCACCUGGGGAUGACUGCCUUUAUGACCUCCAUGGUCGAAGCUCUGAGAUGUUUGACCCCUUCUUGAACUUUGAGCCCUUUUCUUCCUCCCGGCCACCUGGGGCAAUGGAGACAGAGGAGGAACGGCUAGUGACCAUCCAGAAACAGUUGUUGUAUUGGGAGCUUCGUCGGGAGCAGCUUGAGGCCCGGGAAGCACGUGCCCGAGAAGCUCAGGCUAGGGAGGCCCACACCAGGGAGGUCUAUACUCGAGAAGCUCAUGGCAAGGAAGCCUAUGCCAGGGAGGCCCACACUUGGGAAGGUCAUGCCAGGGAGGCCAGAACCCGAGAAGCCCAGGUCCGAGAGGCUCGUUCUAGAGAGGCUCAAGUCCGAGAGGCCCAGAUCCGACAAGAGAAGCCCAUCUUAGAGUAUCAGAUGAGGCCGUUAGGCCCAUCAGUGAUGGGCCUGGUGGCAGGGGUAUCAGGGGCCUCGCAGAUUUCCCACCGGGGAAUUACCUCAGCUUUCCCCACCACUGCGAGCAGUGAGCCAGACUGGAGGGACUUCCGUCCUCUGGAGAAGCGUUUUGAAGGAACCUGCUCCAAGAAAGAUCAAAGUACCUGCCUGAUGCAGCUCUUCCAGAGUGAUGCCAUGUUUGAGCCAGAUGUGCAAGAAGCAAAUUUUGGAGGAUCUCCCAGGAGGGCCUACCCUACCUAUUCACCCCCUGAAGAUCCAGAGGAAGAAGAGGUUGAGAAGGAAGGGAAUGCCACUGUGAGUUUCUCACAGGCGCUGGUAGAGUUCACCAGCAAUGGGAACCUCUUUUCCAGCAUGUCCUGCAGCUCUGACUCUGACUCAUCUUUCACUCAAAACCUCCCUGAGCUGCCUCCCAUGGUGACCUUUGACAUUGCUGAUGUGGAACGGGAUGGGGAAGGCAAGUGUGAAGAGAAUCCUGAGUUCCACAAUGAAGAAGAUCUUGCAGCCUCCUUGGAAGCCUUUGAGCUGGGCUACUAUCACAAGCAUGCCUUCAACAACUACCACAGUCGAUUCUAUCAAGGCCUGCCCUGGGGUGUGAGCAGCCUCCCUCGAUACCUAGGACUUCCUGGCAUGCACCCUCGACCUCCACCUGCUGCUAUGGCCCUCAACAGGAGAAGCCGCUCCCUCGACACUGCAGAGACCCUGGAGAUGGAGCUCUCCAAUUCCCACUUGGCCCAGGGCUACUUGGAGUCUGAUGAACUUCAGGCCCAGCAGGAAGAUUCAGAUGAAGAAGAUGAAGAGGAGGAAGAAGGAGAAUGGGGCCGAGACAGUCCCCUUUCCCUCUAUACUGAACCCCCAGGGGCCUAUGAUUGGCCUUCUUGGGCUCCUUGUCCUCUUCCAGUGGGACCAGGCCCUGCCUGGGUAAACCCCAACCAGUUGGACAGGCCUUCCAGCCAGUCUCCAUAUGGGCAGGCAACCUGUUGCAUACCUCCUAUGACCACGUCAAUGUCGCUAUCAGUGCCAGAGUCGAGAGCACCUGAGGAAUCCGGGCCUCAGCUAGCUCGUCCCUCACACCUACACCUGCCCAUGGGCCUUUGUUAUAACCUCCAGCCACAGGCCUCCCAGAGUAUGAGGGCCAGGCCUCGAGAUGUGCUGCUGCCUGUUGAUGAGCCCAGUUGCUCUUCAAGUUCUGGAGGCUUCAGCCCCAGCCCUCUGCCCCAGGCCAAGCCUGUGGGCAUCACCCAUGGCAUUCCUCAGCUGCCCAGGGUCCGGCCUGAGCACCCCCAGCCUCAGCCCACUCACUAUGGGCCUUCCAGCCUUGACCUAUCAAAGGAGAGUCCCGAGCAAGGUGCCUCUCUUGCCACCAGCUACUCCUCCACUGCCAUGAAUGGAAAACUAGCCAAGUAGUUAUCAAUUCUGGAGUGGGGGCACAGGGCCUGAGCAUGUGAAUGGGGAUCAGGGGU